AUGUCAACCGUGAAAGAUUUGUUGCAUAAAGUCGAAGGUAAGCUUCGAAUGCUGAAAUUUACAAGUGAUGAGACCCCUAGUGUUUUGGAAGAGAAUAAACAAAAACAAAUUGAGAGACAUGCCAAAGUUUUAGAAUCGUUAAUCGAGGAAGUUCAUGAAUUAAAAGUGGAAGUUCAGAGAGAGAGAAUUGAGAAAGGGGAUGACCCCACGGAAGUAAGAACAUGGAGCUGUGACUUAGAACAGGCAGUGCUUGAGUAUGAAAAUGUUAUAAGUGAAACAGCAGCAUGA